AUGACCGCCGACUUGAUCUCGUCCUCUCCCUCCUCCUUCAUCCUAUCCGCCAUUGCACCCCCUCGGCCUGUCUCAGUCAAUGCCCUCGCACGAACCUCUUCCUUAUCCGAUACUCUGCCAUUUUCAAAAUCCACUCGAAGCACAAGCGCCGAGAUCCCGGCUCAUGAUAGUCCUUCCGCGGCUCCCGUGGGUCCGGACUUCCUGGGCUGGGCCCAGUCUCCAGUGGAUACCGAGAUGGAGGAUGUGCAAUUAGCUGAGACACCAUUGCCAUCAAUGCGUCGAUCCGAAAUCCAGUUUGAACAUCUACCGGUCGAGAUCCACGAGACUAUACUUGACUAUCUGUUUGGUGAGCGCACAUCGACCCUGUCGACAUCGGCUGGUGGAAAGUCCCCUGCGAGGAGCUGGAACAAAUCAUUACGUCAUCCCAGACGCAAAGCUCUUUCGAAUCUCGCUUUGAUAUCGCCGGUAUGGAGGGUUUUGGUUCAAGAUCGGAUCUACAGGCACGUCAAACUCAAGGGCACCACAGAUGAGCUGGCGGAAAGUGCACGCUGGUUUCGUGCGCACCCUCAUCUAGCACCGUACGUUCGUCAUGUCGAGAUAUGGGUACCUGUAUGGGGCCAGCGAGCGAUCAAAUAUACUCCCCGUCAUCCUCCACCUCGGAGAUUCAAUGAUGAGGAUAUCGCUGCUGCAGACACGGCAAUUGUGCAGGCUACGAUGGCGUGGGAUGAUGCUGAGUCGAGCCCUGCCACCGACUACAAAUACCACUAUGCAAGCCACAAUGCCACGCUGGAGGAGAUGUUUGUUCACGUAAAGGCCGUGUUUCCAGAGGCUCGUAUACUUACGCUGGAAGGGGGUCACUGCAAGAAACCACCGAUGGUACGCCACUUUCGCAGUGACCCAUCCGGUCGUAGUAACCAGUGCCUCCCCGUGUUAUCGGACAUUCAGACAUUCGUAAUGCGAGGAGCAUGGAACAUCAUGCGGGAUCACCAACACUGGUCUACUCUAUCCAAGGCGCUGCCGAACGUGCGUGAGUGGCAUUGUUCUUAUGCGAAACCGAAGAUCGAGGGCUACGAGACUAUUGCGGCGAUCCUGCGUCGUCUUCCUCCGUCGUUGAUUCACAUCAAUGUCAGCCUCGAGGGGUUCUACAACAAAGACAAUUCCCAGAGUCGCUGGCUCGGCGAUGGCAUCAACCCGCCACACCUCUGUCGUCUGCUUGGAGACGUCGCACCACGCUUAGAGUCUCUCACGUUCACCGGCAAAGUGUGCGCAUGUCUGUUUGACUCCACUCGGGAUUCGAUGAGCACGUGGCGAGCCAAAUCGAAACUCAAGUUGUUGGAUCUGGUGGUGAAAACUUGCUGUCGAGACAAGAAGCUGCAUCCAGCCCUACCCUUCCUCGAUGAAUUCUCAGGUAUCACCAACAUGAACUUCAUCCGGGCAUUCGAAAAGCUUGUCAUUGGAGCCAUCCAAAGUCUCCAACUCCAUCUUGAGUUGAAUUAUAUGCGCAUCCGAUUUAUCGAUUUGGAUUCCGCUUGUCCGCCGUUAAAUCCCUACUUCCAACUCGUGGACGACAAAUGCACCGGCUUGUGGAGUGAACAGAUUCUGGAAUCGUUGCACGAGUCCCGACCAGACGCGACAUACCUCAAGCUGACCGAUGGGAUAUACCCGCAGUACGGCCACAACCACCAGAUUGUCGGCGCCAUCUAUCCCCGCACGCGACCUCUGAGCAUCCACGCCUCAACGUACAGGAUCAUAGCCGACGUGCCGAAACCCUGA